AAUAUAUGAUAAAAAUGAGGUUGUGCUUACUGCCAGUUUCUUCCCCACUCCUAACUUUCUAGGCUGAUAAAUCCCUCCGCCCCCAUUUAACAAACUGAAGACAGCAUGGAUGACGUGGGCUGCCGUUCUGUCACACUCGUGUGCAGGGUUGUAGUAUUUACGGGUUGCUGGUGAAAGAUCUGGACUGCGCAAUUAUAUGUUGUAUAUUCUCUGCAUGUAAUUAACAUUUUACUAUUUGAAUUCUCUUGCUUUAAAUAUAAGCAAUACCUGGAGUUUCCAGUAAUCAGAAAAUGCGACAGUUGAUUAUUGGUAUCGGAGGAAUAACCAAUGGUGGCAAAUCCACUCUGGCCACGAGCCUCCACGCGCGCAUUCCCAACAGCUGUCUCAUUGCCCAGGACACGUUCUUUAAGGAUAACUCAUUGGUACCCGUUGACAGCAGAGGGUUUAAGCAAUAUGAUGUCAUUGACUCUCUCAAUAUGGAUGAGAUGAUGCGUGAAGUCCAAUCCUGGCAGAAGGAUCCGGCAGCAUUUGUAGACUCCUAUAGACUGAGAAGUCAGCGUCCAAAACUGUUAGAGGCACCAGCUGAUAUGUAUACCCUUAUCAUAGAGGGUUUCCUUAUCUACAAUUACAGACCCUUGAAUGAAUUAAUAGAUAUGAAAUACUUCUUGCACAUUCCUUAUGAGAUAUGCAAGGAAAGAAGGUGGUUUGGGAGUUUGCGCACAUAUAAUCCACCAGACCCUUGCGGAUACUUUGAUGGACAUGUGUGGCCCAUGUACUUGAAAAACCGGAAUGAGAUGGAGGACAAGGUUUCAGACCUGGUGUAUUUAGAUGGAACGCAGUCAAGAGAGAAAAUAUUUGCCGAUGUUUAUAAAAGAAUCAAAAUGGAAAUGGAUAAGUUGCCGGGAAAGGACUGAAGGAUGUAUUCAAGGAACUUCAAGAUUAGUUACUUUCAUCUCAUUUUAGUUAAAAUACAUUUAAAUGACACAAAGUAGCUACACGUACUGCUCUAAUUUGAGCACAGUUGAAGAUGUCACACAGAUUACUUAAGACUCUAAUUUAAAUGGAUGGUUUUACCUCAAAAAGGGAAAUAAAAUUAACUUCAAAGAC